UAUAGACACCAAAGUUGGACACCAAAGCGCAUCUUCACCAGCUUAGACAAAAAUCCUAGCACCAUCCCAGCCUUACACCGACCUUUCCAUUCUAGGUGAGGUGUGAAGGGUGUAACACUCAUCUUCUGCAUUCCCCUAAUACUUUGGAUUUCUUCCAUAAUGAAUGGCUCCAGUAUGAUAACGUUUUUACGAUUUGUGUGAUAAGGUGAGGUGUUUGCACUGGCGCUAGGAUUAUUGAUUGAUCUUCUCAGGUGCUCGGUCUCUAAACAAAAACUGGGAGGUAAGAAAGGGACAAAAGGAACGCAAUACAAUUUGGGUCUGUUUUAUGAAAAGCCAGCCCUCCACCCCCUCCUUCACUGUGUAUGAAUUGUAGUGUUGUAGAGGUGAGGAGCUCAGUGUGUGUGCAGGUGACAGAGACGGGAGACAUGAGUCGGUACCCAGUAGAAGCCAAGGCUGUCGGACUGGUGCAGCAUGAUAGACAGAAGCUCUACAUGUUCUCCAUUCUCUGGUCGGACUGUAAUGAUAUUCUCAUAUACAGGACAUGUGACGACUUCAAGAAUCUCUCCAAAUUACUCGCACAGAAGUUCCCACUGGAGGCGGGCGCGGUCAAUAAAGAAGAGAGAAUUCUUCCCAUACUUAAAGAUGUCCCAUUGUUGUUCCGUAGUAAGUUCUCCAAUCGGUUCUUGGAGAGGCUCCAUCUAUUAGAAAAGUAUUGCAAGGAACUUCUUCAGACCGACCCCAAGAUCUCCCAGUGUGAAGAGGUUAUCCAGUUUUUUACUCCUAACAAGCAGGACCUUUCUCCGUCCUUUCCUGAAAACAGUAUGGUGAUAAUGCCAUCAGACAAAGACCAACAAAAGCAGGUUACCCACCCACCCAAGUCAACAAAGCCCACCACCACCCAGCCCAUCAUAUCAGAAGCCUACGUCUGCAUCGAUGCCUUUGAGACCAAAGAUACUAAGAACAGGUCAUUCAAGGUGAAGAAGAAUCAACUCAUUGAUGUUCUUAUCAAAGAUCCUUCUGGCUGGUGGUUGGUGGAGAAUGAAGAGAAACACCUGGCAUGGUUUCCGGCUCCUUAUCUGAGAAAGGCCGAGCCUGUAGAUAAUACUGACUCAAAGAGGAAAUCAUUCUAUAAAGGACUGUAUUACUAUGCAGAGAAGGGCUACGAGGCGCAGCACACCGAUGAAAUCUCCCUGACGGUCGGCGUUGUGGUCGAGGUGAUAGAGAAAUCCGAAAUUGGAUGGUGGCUGAUUUGUUACAAUGGAAGAUUUGGGUACGUCCCAUCCAUGUUCCUCAAGCCAUAUAAAAAUCCACACCAAAAACUGCAGGUGACCUUAGACCAUAACCUGUCCGGCUCCUCUCCAAAUCUCUCCAAGAUAGUAAACAAUCUAGAUACAGACUCCGACCCCCAAUAUAGGACAUAUGAGGUCGGGACCCCCAAGGGGAAGCUACAACGGAUGAAAUCAAUAUCAUUGGAUGCUCUCAAUGAGGGAUCUGACCUGACUUCAGUCACGUCGAGCAGACAGAGUAAUGUAUAUGUGGAAUGGGAGAUAAAGAAAGACAAGGAGCUCACGUCUCCUUCCAUGAGCGGGAACCCAAGAUCUGUCCACACAGUGGCCUCCAUCCAUGAGCGGAAGAUGGGUGAUGACAUGGAGGGAAAAGAAAGGAAAGAUUCUGGAUUUGAGGAACGUCUGUCACCACGGACAUCCAUCUCCUCAGACGAUGCCGGCCCCACACCACCAGCUCUACCACAAAGGCCUACAUUGGAGGAGAUCCGGUCCAGAUGCACCACCAUAACCAGGAAUGCCGCUCUACAGGGAAGUGUAUGAACCGGUGCACAGGAAGUGACAUAAGGAAGUAGACAUGUUUAUCAA